AUGUCCGUGGUGGACCACGGGCUUACAAAGGGGGUGAUUCUCAUUCCAACAAACAAAGACGGCCUUACCGCCGAGAAAACUGCCCAACACCUCCUCGACAACCUCUACAAACACUUCAGCCUCCCAGAUAAAUUCAUUUCUGACCAAGGAUCACAGUUCAAAGCAGAAUCCUUCCGCGAAUUCCUGAAACUCCUUGAAAUUGAAUCAUCCCUAUCCACCGCUUAUCACCCUCAAACUGAUGGAACAACCAAAUGCUUUAACCAAGAAAUUGAAACCUACCUCUCCAUCUUCUGUACUGGCCAACAAGAGUCAUGGGCUGAUGAACUCUCCCUCAUGGAAUUCGUCCACAACUCCAGAAGACAUUCUGAUCGGCAACACUCCCCCUUCGAACUUAUUCUUGGAAUUCAACCACACGCUAUCCCUCAAAUGUUUGCCUCUACCAAAUUUGGAUCGGUAGAAGAAAAGGUGAAACAUCUGGAACAAAUUCGUAAAGAAGCCAUCACUGCGCAUGAAUUAGCUGUGGCACGCAUGGCCUCCAGGCUCCGCAGCACAUUCAAACCCUUCAAGAAAGGCGAAAAGGUGUGGCUCAACGCGAAAAACCUCAAGCUUCCUUAUGCAACCAAGAAGAUCUCCACCAAACGAGAAGGCCCCUUCCUAAUUAAAGACGUCUUAGGACCUGUAACAUACAGGCUUUCAUUACCAGACUCUUGGAAGAUACACGACAUUUUCCACGCUGCACUCCUCACCCCCUUCCGAGAAACCGACACGCAUGGUCCUGCCUUCACCAAGCCUGCACCAGACCUCGUGGAUGAUGAAGAACACCAAGAAGUCGAAAGGAUCGUCAAGCAUCGAAUGUGA